AUGCGCAUCACCACCGCUCUACCACUGCUGCCACUCGUAGCCGCCCUACCGACCACCCACCCCGACGCGAAACCCCUCCCUCUAAUCAUCUGGCACGGCCUAGGCGACCGCUACGACGCCGACGGAAUCGCAGAUGUCGCCGCCCUAGCCAACGAACUUCAUCCAGGCACCACAGUCUACCCAAUCCACCUCGACGCCGACGGCAGCGCAGACUCACGCGCCACCUUCUUCGGCAAUCUAACCACCCAACUCAGCUCCGUCUGCGCAACCCUCUCCUCCAAUACCACUUUUUCCUCCAACAAUACCAGAAUAGACGCUUUGGGCUUUUCUCAAGGCGGACAGUUUCUCCGUGGCUUGAUUGAGAGAUGUCCGGGUAUCGAGGUUAGGAGUCUUGUUACUUUUGGCUCGCAACAUAAUGGUAUUGCCAAGUUUCAGAACUGCGGUACUUGGGACUUUGUGUGUAAAGGUGCUAUGGCUGCCAUGAAGGGAAAUGCAUUUGGAGAGUGGGUUCAGGGCAAUGUGGUUCCUGCUCAAUAUUACAAGGAGACGAACGAAACUACUGGAGAGCCUACGCAGAGUUAUCUGGACAACAGCAAUUUCAUCGCCGAUAUCAAUAAUGAGAGAAUUAACAAGACGAGGGAAUACAAGCAAAGGCUGGCAAAGCUGGACAAGUUUGCCAUGUAUGUGUUUGAAGAGGACAAGACUGUUAUUCCAAAGGAGAGUGGAUGGUUUGCCCAUGUCGAUUUGACGAGUCUGGAAGUCACUGGCUUGAGGGAAAGAGACAUCUACAAGCAAGAUUGGAUAGGACUGAAAGAGUUGGAUAAGAAGGGAGCUUUGGUUUUCAGAAACGCUAGUGGUGGACACAUGGAUCUCUCCGAGAAGAUCUUGACGGAAGCAUUCAUGGACUUCUUUGGUCCUGAGAGAAAGACGAGGAAGUCUGAGAUUGAGGCUGUGGAGCAGGUUGUUUUUGAGGAGCUUUGA